UGCAGGGGUGGGGACCUGUACCUGCAUAGCACAUGACCACCAUAUGUCGGUGCUGAACAUCACACCCUAAAUAAUCUGAUAUUGCCUCACUAGUUCUUAUCUGUUACAUCUUAGACGGAGAUUGCAAUAAAUAAGUAUAAGUUGGAAACUAAACCAUGGCGAGGUCUGAAGGAAACUAGCUUAACAGACCUUAUGAAUCUUGAUUGCAAUCUAAAUUACGGCAUCCGAAAACGUUAGAAAAGAAAACCGUGAUACACUCGUUUUAAAAGACCUUGGAAGGGGCGGAGAAAAACAGGCAAAGUUUCCGGAUGCAUGUGACUUUGUCACGUUUCAAGGGAACAGAAAUGUAACCAGGCCUUUGUGCCAUGGCUCGUUUGCGCUGUAUGCCACUGUUGUCUGCCUGGCUUUAGGUAUUUAUGACAGACAUGAAUAACUGAGAUGAUAAUUUAAUAACUGUGAGAAAGGACAUUUAACAUGUACUACCUAAACUUUCCAGCUCAGAGAACUGACCGCUGUAAAGUAACAAAUUUGUCAGUAGAAAAUGGUAUCACAUGACUUUUCGGUAACCUUUUUGUGCGUGGGAAAGCUGAAAGCUGAAACCACGGAGAUAAUAUUAAAGGAGUCAUUUAGACCGAUUUUCUUCUAUUUAGAGUUCUACAAGCCUUCUCAUCACGCUACACGUUGCACCAAGUUGUUAUGUUUCUGCAAGGGUUUUUUUUUAUUGAAAGUCACUUGAAACAGUAUGGUUAAAACUACGUCUUCAACCUCAGCUAGCAUCAAUAACCGAAGUCUUCUCGUGAACAAAACGCUUUCACAGGUACAUCUAGAGAGCGAGGACGAACAGCAAACAAUUACUGUUGCAAUUACCCUUCUUCUCCUAAUUUCAUUUCUAGGAUCGAUUGCGAAUUUCCUUGUUUUGAAAGCGAUAUUCAGCCAGAAAAGACGAAAGCUGCACGAGUAUCUCAUGUUGAACCUAGUUGCCACUGAUGCAGGGACAUGUCUCGUGGGUAUUCCGCUCGAUGUCGCAGAGCAGGUGAUUGGCAAAUUUCCUUACGGAGUUGCUCUUUGUCAUGUUAUUUACCCGUUUCAGUCCGCGCUAGUCUAUUCAUCCGUUAUGACACUGUUAUUCAUGUGCGUAGAACGCUAUAGAUUGAUUGUAACACCGCUGAAGCCAAGAUUACGCGUAAAAACUGGAUUAACAAUCAUUGCAGCGAUAUGGCUGUUAUCGUGCCUCAUGGUCCUUCCUCUAUCUCUUGCCCUGAGGCUCAAAGGAUCUUAUUGCAUCGAGGAAUGGCCGAACGCUUACAGUGGAAAAGUGUUUACCCUCACUAUCUUUACUCUACUUUACCUAAUACCACUGGUUAUCAUGACCUUCCUCUACGCUUUUAUGAUCGAUGUAUUAACCAAGGACACUGCGUCUUUAAAACGGCGGUGGAAAAGAAAAAGCAGGACGAUUUCCCAGGAAUCGGUCUAUGUGCGAAUGGAGAGAAACUUCACAAUUGUCAAAGUGUUUGUCAUUGCUGUAGUCGUGUUUGCAGUGUGCAUGUUACCAACACAUAUUACUUGGCUGUGGCACGAUUUUGGAAGCGGUUCUGAAAGACCCGAGUUAUUUGGUAACGUGGCAACGUUUAGCAACAUUCUUAUGUAUGCUAAUUCUGUUUUCAACCCCGUUAUUUUUGGAUCCAUGAUGAUCGAUGCUAAAACACUUGUAAAACUUUGCAGAAGUUUGCUUUGCUGCCGUUGCGGACGAAAUAAUAGAGACCCCAAGCAAGUUUUUGCUCUUAAAGUUCGCUCUCCUUCGAUGUCAGCUCAGUUGCAAAGGGGAUCAUUCUGUUUGUCGCUGUCUAAAGCUUCGGAGAUCUUCAACAGUGGAAAUAAUGAAACAGUCAGAGCGACGAAAAUAACUGUAAAGAACACCGAUCAAUGGUAAAGCUAAAACACUGAGCUGACGUGAUUCAGCGUGGUAGACUAGAAC